AUGGCUGAAGAGAAACAAAAUAUCACUAUCGCCUGCAAUGCUUCUGGUCAGCCGUAUCCAAGCAUCACGUGGCUCAAGUCAGUUGGUAGUUUGCCACGAGAAAGAGCUAAAGUAAAGAAUGGAGCACUGACAAUUUAUGACGUUACAAGAAACGACGGUGGAAUAUACAUCUGUAAAGCAAACAAUAUGUUGGGGUCAGCGUCGGCGAUGUCGUUAGUUGUGACCUUUCCUCCUCUUCGGUUCAAGGUCAUACCUCCAAAAGAGGUGACUCCUGACAGGUUUGGUUCAACCAUACUUCUACCAUGUUCAUCAGAGAGCGACCUAAGAACGAAAAUUACCUGGACAAAGGAUGGCAAGUCUUCUCUUCCUGCUGACACGUAUUUUCUACCCAAUGGGACAAUGGUUCUCUUAAGCAUUAAAAAAACACACGUAGGAACUUACACCUGUAGGGUAACUAAUGCUCUAUCUACAAUAGAAGCUAGAGUUAAAAUCAACUCUCCACGUAUUGUAGGUACUUCUUGUUCAGUGAUAAGAAAAUACGUCGGCAUGGUAAACGGAAAUUACGUCAUUGAUCCAGAUGGCGAGGGAGGCCUGGCACCAUUCACAGUCUUCUGUGACAUGACUGAUAAGAGUGGAGUUGGCGUGACAGUGAUAAGUCAUGACAGUGAAAGCAGAACACAUGUGAAUGGAUAUGCCGAUCGAGGUACUUACUCACGUGACAUUCAAUACACGGGAGCGAGUCUGUCUCAGCUGGCGAGUCUCGCUAGUGUCUCUUUACACUGUGAACAGUUUAUUAAGUAUGAGUGCUUUGCUUCCGUUUUGCUUUCCCCUCAUUGGGGCGAUCCCUACGGAUGGUGGGUGUCACGCGAUUCUACUAAGAUGACCUACUGGGGUGGAGCAUCUAUCAGUCGUAAGUGCGCAUGCGGAAUGACCAACUCAUGCGCAAACUCCGGGUUUGGUUGCAACUGUGAUAAAAAUGACUAUGUAUGGCGUGAAGACAGCGGUCUGCUGACUGACAAGACAAAGCUUCCUGUCAAACAACUCAGGUUUGGGGAUGCUAGUGGCCACGGACAGGAAGGUUACCACACACUGGGCAAAUUGAAGUGUUACGGCACGGCAUAA